CUAGCUCUAGAGAUCGAUCUGACAAAAUGUGUCACGUAAGCAACACAUUGAUGUCAAUCCUCAACAUGGGGACUCUAGGCAUAUCCAUCAUUCUCAUCUUCCUCUCCUCCUCCCUCCCUGUUUGCGGAGACAUCCUCAAAACGCCUCUUCUCUUUUUCGGCGUCUUCCUCUUCACCAUGUCACUGUUUGCAUUGAUAGGCUUGUGUUGCCGAAUCUCCACCCUUCUAUGGCUCUACCUCUUCGUACUGCUUUUGAUGAUCAUUGGGUUGUUUUGCUUCUCGGUCUUCUCCUUCAUUGUCACCUACAAAGGUGCCGGCAAGCAGGUGCCGGAUAGAGGGUACAAGGAGUACGAGCUGGACGAGUACUCGGGUUGGUUGAAGAAGAAUGUGGUGAAUGACAAGCGUUGGGUCAAGAUCAAGAGUUGUUUGAGUGGUUCUAUGCUUUGCAUGAAUUCUGAGCCUCCAAAUGGAAAUGGAAAUGGAAAUGGUGGUGCAGUUGCUAAGGCGGCUGCAGACGCCAAUGCCAGAGGUUCUGAUGGCGGUGCCAGUGAAUUUUAUAAGAUUAGAUUGACUUCCACCGAGUCCGGUUGCUGCAAGCCACCAAGUUACUGUGGUUUCGAGUAUCAGAACCGGACGUACUGGACGGUGCCAAAGGGAGCUCAAAUAACACAAGCGGACGAUUGCAGGGCAUGGAGCAACAACCAGACGGAGCUGUGCUUCAAUUGUGGCUCGUGCAAGGCCGGAGUUCUCGACAAUAUUAAGCGAGAGUGGAAGCAAAUGUCCAUCAUUUUGACUUGCAUCCUUGUUUUCUUGAACAUUGUUUACGCUGUUGGUUGCUGUGCUCUUGACAACACCCGAGCUUACAGAUAUCAUAGAGCCUACCCUUAA